AUGGGGAAACUCAUCAAGAACCAUCUGGCGCGUCUGAUCAUCCUCACCGCCGCCACUUACCAGAUCGCGGCCGGCAUACAUGGCAUCUUCUGGCCCAAGAUCUUCUGGGACAUCUGGACAAAAGCUCUUGAUGGCGCAGUGAAGCCCUUUCCGAUCCUGCAAAUAUUCAACAUCCUGUUCGGUCUCCUGGGAUUGGCGUGGGAAUACCCGCUGCCGAUCAUAAUCCCUAACUCCAGCUUCCACCGAAGUAUCGGCGCGCGGCUUGCGCUCUACCCCUUGAGCGUGUUCGUGGCCAUCCUGCUCUACCAAGGCACCAAUGCCGCCAUUUACUACUUGGUCGGAAUCGCCGUGUAUUUCUGGGCGUACAGCGAGGGAGAGAUUGUCUGCAUGCCCUGGAAGGUACCGGAGCGCGCCCGC